GGUGAUUUCUGGGGACAUGUAGUGGGCCAAAAAUGACGGCUAUGAUUGAUGGGUUUAGUGAACUGGUCGUCCUAGACCCAACAAAGGAACGGUGAGGAUUGAUCUCUGGGUUUGACCAAAAUGUGGUCCCACUUUGUUAGGGGCGAGAAGGUUGCUGAUAUAUUGACUAGCUGAGCGUCAUUGCCCCUUUUCAUUCCUUUCUCCUAUUUCUUUCCUUCUUUCUCUCUCUCUCAGAAGCAUGGAGCAGCCAAUUCACCGGACGUGAAGAGCAUCCAAACAAUCUUGAAUUAGAAAAGAGAUUUGGAAGGUAGUUUGGCUCAACUGAUUUCAGCUUUCGCCAUUUGGGAAUUAGGUUUUGGAUCUUAAUCAGCCUGUAGAUGGAAGAAAGAGGAAAUCUUCCUCCGUUUAAGUCUACUAAAAAGAUGCACUUUGAGCUAUUCAAGGAGAUUUCGGAUUUUUGAUUGGCGUUGGAUCUUGAUACGUGCAAUUAGAAUCGGGCAUGGAUCACAAAGAAAACACGUGGACGAAGUCUUUUUCAUCUGGAAAUGAAUUACUGAAGAAUAUCUCCACAGGUGAACCAUCUUUUCCCAACUUUGAUUCCCAGCAAUCUCAGGAGAAAUGGGAGGAUCCCUCCGUGUUAGAUUACAGAACCAGGAUUGAGCCACCUAUCAAAGAUUUCAAGCAACAUUCUGAAACCCAAUCUUCACUUCCUUGCAACCCCAAUAAUCAAGUUAAGCUUCCAGUCCAAGAAGAUGGUCAGAUGGAUGGAUCACUACAAUCAAGUAAAAUUCAAGACUGGGACCCAAGAACAAUGCUAAACAAUCUCUCCUUCCUGGAACAAAAGAUCCAUCAGCUUCAGGAUUUAGUGCACUUGAUUGUUGGUAGAAGAGGGCAAGUAUUUGAGCGGCCAGAUGAACUUGCUGCUCAGCAACAGCAGCUCAUUACUGCUGAUCUUACUUCUAUUAUUGUUCAAUUGAUCUCUACUGCAGGAAGCCUUCUCCCAUCUGUGAAGCAUAAUACCCUUUCCAAUACUACUGCUGUCGGACAGCUAGGUGGGGUUUACUUGCCUUCCAUGGUGGACCUGAAUGGUGGCUUUCAGCUGCAGGACAAUGGUGAAAGCAAGGUUUCUGAUCAGUCAAACCAGAUUGAUUUAGCUGGUAAUAUUGGGAAUGAACAAAUCUAUCAUAUGGAAGAACAUGAAUCAAAAGAUGAAGAAGAUGCUGAUGAAGGAGAGAACCUUCCACCUGGUUCCUAUGAGAUCUUACAGUUAGAAAAAGAAGAAAUCCUUGCACCUCACACCCACUUCUGUACAAUAUGUGGGAAGGGAUUCAAGCGGGAUGCAAAUCUACGAAUGCACAUGAGAGGUCACGGGGAUGAGUACAAAACCCCAGCAGCCCUUGCAAAACCUAACAAAGAGUCUAGCUCUGAACCAAUUCUUCUCAAGAGGUAUUCCUGCCCAUAUGCCGGCUGCAAGCGGAACAAGGAUCACAAAAAGUUUCAACCUCUGAAGACUAUUUUAUGUGUCAAAAACCAUUAUAAACGAACACAUUGUGACAAAAGCUAUACUUGCAGCAGAUGCAAUGCCAAGAAAUUUUCAGUUAUUGCAGAUCUCAAAACUCAUGAAAAGCAUUGCGGUAAGGAUAAGUGGCUUUGCUCCUGUGGUACAACAUUUUCAAGAAAAGAUAAGCUUUUUGGACACAUUGCUCUUUUCCAGGGCCACACUCCUGCCAUUUCCAUUGAUGAAACUAAAGGCCAAUCUGGACCCCCUGAUCGAGGGGAAGGCAAUGAAUCAAUAAGUAAGGUCAGAAGUAUAAAUUUCAAUUUCAGUUCGGGUGCUCCUAGUGGUAGUGAAGUACAAAACGCUGUGGAUGUGAAGGCAGGUAUUGAGGAUCCGGCCAGUUAUUUCUCCCCGUUAAACUUUGACACGUGUAAUUUUGGUGGGUUUCAUGAGUUCCCUCGACCCCCAUUUGAAGAUUCAGAGAGUUCAUUCUCCUUUUUUAUACCCGGUUCUUCUUCUAAUUACACUGUACCUGGGUCUUGUAAUUACACUAAAAAAACUGGGGGGGAGUCAAGUUCUAAUAAUCUGGAGUGAUGAUGAUGAUGAUGAACUUUUAACCUGUAAUAUUUGUAAGGUGAAGUGUGACCCCAUGAACCGUUUAAUUUCUUUAUAUUAAUAUAUCCAUUUUCUUUAACA